AUGGGUGCAAGACUUGCCAAAGUGGGCGAUGUUGUCGAGAUUCAAGAUGCAUUAGAUACUGAGUUAUUCGAUUCCUCAGAUCGUACGGAUUCUGCCAGUUUACUAAAGAUGGAAAAAUUUUUCUGGAUUGAUCGUGUAUCAAAUUACACAACUACGAAUCGUGCUAUUCGAAGAUGUACUCACAGAUCGAGCUCUGCUGAUCCAUAUUGUGUUGUUCUUCGUUUUGAACAAGUUCGGAUUAAUGACCGAAUUGGUUAUGAACAUUGUUUAACUGAAUCAGAUGAAUGUCCAUCGCAAUCGGCGACACCGGUUUGUGUCAUGAAACAUCUAGAACCUAACGCAACUAUUGUUCGUCCGAUGAAAUAUGAUUCUCCAUCGACUAUAUCGAUCGAUACAUUAAUUGAUUACACAUGCGGGAAUGAUAAUGAGUAUCAUUUGAUAGAAGACUAUUGUUAUAGAAUCGAUUCUCAUGAAACAACUUGGAAUGAAGCAAAAGACAAAUGUGAACGCGAGAAUGCGUCACUUUUUGUCCCUGAAACAAAGCGAACGAUGACAAUAAUGAAAGAACUUUUAUUAUAUCAUCGUAUUUAUACUUGGUCUGGCAUAGUACAUAUUGGUCUUGUUUAUGAUGGUCGGAAGGGUACUGUCGUACGGGAUGUGGAUAAAAAUGUGAACGCAUUGGAGUACUCAACUAAUAAAAGAGAUAUGUAUGAUCUAUGUGAAAGAUCAGGUCGUCGUAUUUUUCUCGGUUUAAAGUCGGAGUCCAUAAAGUUUAGCUACGGGUACAUGGAUUUUGGACACGAUGGAGAACCGUCGAUUUCAUGUGAUGAAUUCACUGAUGAAAAAGUAGCAACAGUUAUAUGUCAAAAAGCACCUAUUGGAAAAACAGCAAGUGUCUUAGUCAAACGUUAUAUCGACGAACCAAUAGAUGUAUUAGCAAUGAACAACGAUAUCUCAAAUAAUGGAAAAGGAGACAGAUCUUUUGGUAGAGGCUAUGCACCAGUGUUUUUUCUAUUGGGUGCUCUAUGUGGUUUUAUACUUCUUGUACUUAUUAAUGUACUGUGUAAGAAACAUAAAACAACAAAAGUCAACAAUAAUGAUUAUGUUUAUGCUCAAGUAUCAAUUGGCGAAGAAAUUGAUUUAAAUUAA